AUGGAGUCGACAACGAAGGAAUCGACAACUGCCGAUCCUACAACAAAGGCUUCGACCACGAAGGAGUCGACAACUAAGGCAUCGACAACCAAGGAGUCGACAACCAAGGCAUUGACCACGAAGGAGUCGACAACGAAGGAAUCGACAACGAAGGAAUCGAACGCGAAGGAAUCGACUUCUACAAAACAGACCACGCUGGCAUCGACCACGAAGGAAUCGACAACUACCAAACAGAUCACGGAGGAUUCGACAACGAAAGAAUCGAACGCGAAGGAACCGAAAACCAAAGAAGAAGAGACGACAAACUCCGAAAAAGAAGUCCUGAAAAACAGUGUAUCAUCGGACGGGUCACCUCGACGGGCAUUGUCGGGUGAUCCAAACGAUGAAGACCGUCCUAGUCUUGGCGGUUCUGACAACGAUCCUUUGUUUCGGGGAAGGCUCUGUCCUCCAGAUAGACAGGAACUUCCUGGUCGUCAGACCCUACUCGACGUUCGGGCUGAGAUGCUACCACGGCAAGAAAAAUGCCUUGGACGUCCGUUGGCAGUUGCCGAAUAA